CCCAUGACAGCAGCUGAUCUUUGUUGUGCGUAACUCCGUCACACCGCAGCCCCGCCCCUUUCCACCUCAGCCUAUGGAGGCUAUCAUUAUUCUCUCCUCUCCUCUGCCGCUCAGUCAUUUAUCACCCUGAAUCACCGAAGACCCGCAACGAGACCCGCGACACCAGCAGGCCGAGCAGGAGGGCCUGAGCGCCGGGAAGGAUGAGAGCUGCUGCCGGGACGCGGAGCCGCCGCUGAAUCCCGGAGAAGGCGACAUGACUGCGGCGUGAGGAGGCGAGAGGACGCCGCUGCGCCGGUCUGUGAGUUACGGAUCGAUGGAUGGAUGGAUGGUUGGAUGGAUGGAUGCAGUGAUAAACAGUCAGCAUGUCUGCACUGCCCCCAAGGCCUGGUCCUGGUCCUGGCUCUGGUCCUGGUCCUGGUCCUGGUCCUGGUCCCGGCCCCGGCCCCGGUCCUGGCCCUGGUCGCGGUCCAGGUCCCGACCUGAGCCACCUGACGGAGGAGGAGCGGCGGAUCAUCCAGUCAGUGAUGGAGAGACAAAAGAAGGAGGAGGAGAAAGAGCAGAGCAUGCUGAAGGAUCAUACAGACUCAGAUCCUCCGUCCAGCUUGUGGAAUCCUUUUUCGGGGUUCAGUCAGUUGGUCAGUAAUGUUGCCACCAACGUGUCUGAGGUCCUGCAGGUUAAAAGUCCAAAUGAAGAGCCAUCACAGACGAAGUUACAUCAGCAAUUCGAGCUGUACAAGGACCAGGUGAGGAAGCUGGGGGAGGAGCCCCAGGUGAAACAGACAGUGAAGGCGGAGCCUCCCACCUGUGGCAUCUGUUGUAAGACAAAGUUUGCUGAUGGCUGCGGACGCGUCUGCUGCUACUGUCAAAGCCGCUUCUGCGCCCGCUGUGGGGGUCGUGUUCUUCUGAGAGCCAAUAAGAUGAUGUGGGUGUGUAACGUCUGCAGGAAGAAGCAGGAUAUUCUCACUCGAUCAGGGGAGAUGCUGUCCGUCAACCAUAACUCACAAGGGGUUCCCCACACAUCACCUCAGGGGUCUCUGAGCAACGGAGCCUCUGAUUGGAAGUGGUGUGACAAUGGUGGGGGAGGUGGGAUGCAUCGCUCGCCCUCUGAUCAAAGUCUGGAGCGUUGCGCUUGCUCACACCAUGAUUACCAUGGUAAUAGAGAAAACGAGCGGCUAGCUGCUCCACUGAGGGAUGAACGAGGCCGCUGGUACUCACAGGUGAGCAUGACUAAACAGGACAAGGUUCAGGAAGAACAUGAGUGGCGGCGGCAGAAGGAGGAGGAGUUUCAGGCUCGUUACCGUAGUGACCCAAACCUCGCACGUUACCCAGUGAAGCCGCAGCCGAAUGAGGAGACCAUGAGGAUGUUGGCUCACGUUGGCCGGUUCCGGCACCAACGCCGUCACAGCGACGUCUCCCUGGCAACCUGCGAGCCCGAGCACGUACUCAUGGGACGGACAGCUGUCCAUCAGCAUCGGCCUCAGGGAUUGGUUGGACAUGAAGGUCAGAGGUCUCUGUCUGUGGACCGCACAGCAAAUCAUAUCAGUCCCACUUCCCCCCGCCUGUUAUUGCGACAACACAUGGAACCUGAGAGCACAGCACAGAGGGGGAAGAGGGCAGGGAAGAUGUACGUGAUUGGUAGCUUCAGCAGCUCGGAGGAGGACCUAGUGACCACGCCUGACUACACCAGCUGGGAGGAGCCUGCCAGAGACAUGGACAGCCAAUGGUGGGAUCAUGGUACCUGGCAGAGUGAGGCUGCACCUAUUUCCAUGGUAGGACUAAGCCCAGCCCCCUCCAUCUACCCCCACCUUCCACAUCCAGUGUCAUGGCAACCGUCCAAGGAUGGAGAGCGUCUGAUUGGACGAAUUCUGUUAAAUAAGAGGAUGAAGGACGGGACUAUUCCUGCGGACACUGGAGCGCUGCUAGGACUCAAGGUGGUCGGGGGGAAGAUGACAGAGUCGGGUCGUCUCUGUGCGUUCAUCACGAAGGUGAAGAGAGGAAGUCUGGCCGACACUGUGGGACACCUGAGACCAGGUGAUCAGGUUCUGGAGUGGAACGGUCGGCUUCUUCAGGGAGCCACGUUUAAUGAAGUGUACCACAUCAUCCUGGAGUCCAAACAAGAACCACAGGUGGAACUAGUGGUGUCCCGACCAAUCGGAGAGAUAUCAAGAGCUGCAGACAGCACCGUCAUUGCCCUGGACUCCAGUUCCAGUUCCUUCGACUCUCAGAAAGUUGGUCCAUCAAUCUCUGUCACUUCUCCCAUGAGCCCCAGCGCUCUGUCUGGACAAGUCUCUACUGUGAACAGGCGUACUCUGGUGCCCAGAAUUCAGGUGAAGCUGUGGUACGAUAAAGUCGGUCAUCAGCUGAUCGUCACUGUUCUUGGAGCAAAGGAACUUCCUGUCCGUGAGGACAACAGACCAAGGAAUCCCUAUGUCAAGAUCUACUUCCUGCCAGACAGAAGUGAUAAGAGUAAGCGGAGAACAAAGACAGUGAAAAAGUCAGUUGAACCUCGGUGGAACCAGACCUUCAUGUACUCUCCGGUCCAUCAGCGGGAGUUCAGAGAAAGGAUGUUAGAACUGACAGUCUGGGACCAGGCCAGAGUCCGCGAGGAGGAAAGCGAAUUCAUGGGAGAGGUGCUGAUAGAGUUGGAGCAUGCUCUGUUAGACGAUCAGCCUCACUGGUACAAACUUCAGCUUCAUGACGUUUCCUCUCUGCCACUGCCCAAAGCCUCCCCCUACCUGCAGAGGAGAGGACUGCAGCCUGACGACCCACCGAGCAGCAGGAGGCUGCAGAACAAAGGUCAAUGCUAUAACCCAGGGUCUCAGAGGAUCAGUGACAGUGAGUUUUCGGAUUAUGACUGUGAAGACGGCAUCGGGGUGAUAUCAGACUACAGGCAAAAUGGGCGGGACUUCCACAGCUCCACCCUCUCAGUGCCAGAGCAGGUGAUGAUGUCCAAUCACAGCCCUCGAUCAGACAUGGUCCGGAUGAGGUCACGGUCUCCGAGCCAGCCGCCUCCUCACAGCGGUAACCCUUUAUACCCAUUGUACCGCGAGGACGCAGUGCGGCUGUUGCGUGGCUCCAGAAUGAGUCGAGCCUACUCUGACGCUGGUCAGUCCAGCAGCCUGGACAGGAGGUGUGUAAGGAGAAUGUCGGUUGCCAACUCUCUCGAUUCCCAAGACAGGUAUGUUAAUGGUCCUAACCAAAUUCACUGGACAAACCAUAUGGUGAAUGGAAGCUGUGAGGACUUCAGUCAGGACUUCAUCCCUGACUUCCCCUACGAACCCGACCUCUAUGACGAGGAGCUGCUCAGGUUCAGUCGUGGCAUGGACCGGCGGGAUUACUACAGUCGCUCUCGCUCAGCUGACCAGCGAGCAAUGGCCCACCGACCCGUCUACACCCGCUCCCACUCCACUGACCGAGCUGACUCCACUCAUUUGAGAUCCAGACACUCUGCCCCCCCCUCUCCUGCUCCAACCAGGACAAACCCGCGUUGUGGAUCAAGUCAAACAAGUCCAUCGGGAACGCCGAUCUGCAGCCGCAGAGGACGCCAGUUGCCUAUCGUCCCACCACAAGGACCUCCGGACAGAAUUUUGGCUACACCCAUCACAGGAGCAUCAACUCCAGCUCCUCCCAGUCCGUAUCAUCAGGUCCCUCCACCUGGCCUCAAACAAGCCCCCCUCUCUAAUCAUCCUCCUCGUAUACGAAUCCAAGCCCCGCCCCCUACUACUGGCCCAGCCCAUCCACCUACUGCUCCUUCACCCGCGCCACUACCUGCUCCAGUCCAAGUGCAAGCCCCUCCCCCAGCUCAAACAUCUGCCAAAGCCCCUCCACCAGCUCAAUCAUCUGCCCAAGCUCCGCCCCCAGUCCCUAAUCAAGUUGAAGCCCCAACCCAACCUCCAACUGCACCACCUGCACAAGCCCCUCCCCCAGCUCCUGUACAAAUCCAAGCCCCUCCGCCAGCUCCUGCACAAAUCCAAGCCCCUCCCCCAGCUCCUGCACAAAUCCAAGCCCCUCCGCCAGCUCCUGCACAAAUCCAAGCCCCUCCGCCAGCUCCUGCACAAAUCCAAGCCCCUCCGCCAGCUCCUGCACAAAUCCAAGCCCCACCUCCAGCUGCUGCUCUUCCCCCUCCAGCAGCUGAAAUUAAAUCUCAGCCACCUAUUGACCCCCCCCAGCUCCCUGCACCUACCCCAACACCUUCACCUUCACCUUCACCUGUACCAUCCCCUGCCCCCACCCCACAGACUCCAGAGCCUGACAGACGCUCAGCCACACCUGGAGGGACCAGGAAAGAGGUCACAUGGGAGGACCAGCAGAAGAAAACAGCCAGUGGCGAGGUGUUGUCAGCGAGUUCAGACGGUGUGAUGAAGGAUCCAUUAAAGAAGCGAGACAGUCUGUCCUUUAAAUCAUCAGACAGUGAUGUCAGCGAGAUGUCGGCCAUGUCCAAUGAUACACGUCGGGCGGAGGCUGUUGAAGGCCAAUCAGGGGAGUUGGGGAUGGGGUCAGAGGGAACAGAGAAAGUAGCUGGGGAGGCAGAGGGCGGGGCCAAACUUCAGAAGAGUGAAUCAGUGGAUGAAGGAGAGGAGGCGGAGCCUGAGCCUGCAAAGGCGGCAGCACCUCUCACCAAGUCAUCAAGCGUGGGUGGGGAAAUUUGUUCAUUAGGAAGAAAUGAUGACGAUGAUGACGACAAGAAGCGGCGCUCAAGCUUUGGAGCGAAGAUGAUGGGAAUAGUUGGAUUGGGAAAGAAGAGUCAGAGCGCGUCCCAGCUGAACCCAGAGGAGGAGGAGAAGAAGAAGAAGGUUGUGAGACUUCCUGUUCAGAGGAGUGUAGAGACCGGAUUGGCCGUUGAGUUUAAAUCUCGUUUUACUCGACAGCAGAGCCGAGACCCGGACGCUGAGGAACCCAAACCUGGAGCCUUGAUAUUUCCAGGGGUGAAGCUGGCGUCAGACAAACAAUUCACUGGCUUUCUGGAAGGAUUAGGCCCCGCCCAGCUGGCUGGACGGCAGACUCUGGCCACACCCCCUAUGGGUGACAUCCAGAUAGGGAUGGUGUACAGGAAGGAGCGUCUGGACGUGGAGGUCAUCCGAGCCCGGGGGCUCGUGGGAAAGCAAGGCAACAAAAACACCCCAGCACCCUAUGUGAAGGUGUACCUGAUGGAUAACGGGAAGUGUGUGUUGAAGAGAAGAACUCGUUUGGCGAGGAAAACUCUCGAUCCUCUUUAUCAACAACAACUUCAGUUUGAGGAGAACCCCGAGGGCAAAGUACUGCAGAUCAUCGUGUGGGGGGAUUACGGGCGGAUGGAUCAUAAAUCCUUCAUGGGUUCUGCUCAAAUCUUAUUGGACGAUCUAGAUCUGUCCAACAUGGUGAUUGGCUGGUUUAAACUGUUUCCUGCCACCUCAUUGGUGGAUCCCGGCUUGGCCCCGCUGACCAAUAAAGAGACAGAGGGCAGCAAGUCAUAGCAUCAGGAGGCGGACACUUGCCAUAGUAACAGAGGAGGAGAUCUGUGGUUAACGGCCUAAAAAGAUUUCCUCAGCUGCUGCAUACUGCAUGGUGACAUCAUAGCAUCAACGCUUGGAGGCGCCGCCCCUGACGCUCAGGCAGGAAAUUAUCCUUAAAGGGAGCGCAGGGCACCACUGCCAGGGAUGCUGGGAAAAAAUGGACCAGAAUCCAAGCGCUCUUUAGCUGACGACCAAUCACAACAGCUCUCCAGAAACCAUGUGCAGAAUCUGCAGACGGAUCAUUUCCACAGAGACGAAGGAAAACAGACGGCGGUUCUCUAAGUGUUUGCAUGGAAUGAUAAAAAUAACCCAGAACAUUAAAACAAACUGUGAGAUAAAGAACCUGAGAACUAAAAAUAAAAAAAAAGAUUCUCAACACUGA